UGGGAGAGUGGAGUCAGACUUGAAUUUUUCACCUAUCAACCUGAAUAAGAAAUGUAUUGUCCAUUAAUUUGAGCAUUUUUUACAUCAAAGUGUGCCAUAAAUUAUUUUUUAUCUGAUGAAAAACCAUGGAAGCGAAUAGAAACUCCAUUGUUUCUACAAGAGAUUUAGCAAUGGGAGCUCCACUUGCUACUUAUAUUGUCUACGAUGAAAAUCUUACUACCAGUCAGGAUAAAGAUGCCUACCCUUAUCAAUACAGCUCUACUGGUAAUGCCAUCCUGGCCAAUGGUGGUGCCGGCCUCUCAUACUAUUCAAACAUCAAUCAAAUGAACAUUUUGCAACCCACACCGCAGGUAAACGUCAAUGCAAAUGGAGGUAUCAUUUAUGAUCCAGUUAAUCCAGCGGUCCUCUCCCAUCAGUAUCAUGUUCUAAAUGCUAACCCUGGUGUUCAUCCCAGCUUUGCCAGUGUACCUGGAUUCGUCAGCCAGUUAGCUCCGGCUGAUCAAAUGAAAAAUGUCCCUCCAAGGAUUGUUCUACGUGAACCGGGAAGAACCAUCGAUUCACAGUACCCAUCUCUGCAAAGUGUAAUUUUAAAUCGGCGAGCGGAAGAUGCAUCUGACGUCACAUCUCAAUAUCGUGUGUAUGGUGAUGUGUAUCAGCAACCCCCUCAACCUGUAGGCAAAACUUUUUACGUCACUAAUAAUGCACCAAAUACGGUGAUUUUUAAUCCACCUCAAACUCUGGCACUCAGUAAAGUCGAAUCUUUGCCAAUACAUCCGCCUCUUUUGCAGCCCAAAAUCGAGUCUAACAAGAGUACGUCCCCUGUGGUCGAGUCGUCAAUGAAAAACAAUCGAAAUAACUUUAUUUCAUGUCAACCUGCAUUAGACGAGAGCAUGAUAAGCAGUCAAGAAGAAAGAUCUUUAAUGGCUGCUAGGUCAAGUCUUGCUAAAGAAAAAGCUCAUGUUGAAGAACUUCGACGACGACUUCUGUUGAAAGAGAAAGCAUUAGAAGAAAAAGAGCAAAGACUGAGCAAGAUUCAGAGCAACAAAACUUGCUCACUGGAAAGUGAAUGGACAAAUACGGAGACGUCAAAUAAUGAAGCUGAAAAUGAAGAUUCUGAUGUUAGAUACAAUGGACCGUGGAGAAACUGUGGUUCGCCGAUGGAGGAGCCAGAUAAUGUUAUUUAUGUAGAAGAAGAAAUUAGCGACCAGCCACCCUCCCAAAAUCUCAGCGAACCCUCUGCCCAAAAGAAUGUCAUGGAAGAUCUGCACGAAAAUCUAGAAAUCAAUCCUCGCCUGUUCGCGAAAACUUACAAACGUAAGCCAAGACGGUCAUCCGACGGUCGAAUAUCCCAAACUGCCCUCCCAGGCCGAUCAAUUCCGGAUGCUGAUCAACAAAGUGAGUUCAGCGUACCUGAAACGCUAACAAAUGGGAACUCCAGUGUCACCAUCACUCCCGUUGAUGAUCAGAAUGUUGUGCACGAAACUUCGUCACUUCUUUUCAAGGCUUUGUCCGGUACAUCAGUUAAUGCUUUUAAACUUCCUAGCAGUUAUGACAACUCAAGGAAACUACAACUCCAUGACACAGCGAUGCUUCGGGCGUUCCGUCCAAAGAUGGAGCCUACUAGUUGGACUGCUGAGGGAGUAGUGCCAUCUUUUCCCAGUGAACGUUCGUUGUUAAUACCCACGUCAAACGCUCGGCAGCGUACAACUAGAAUGGAUGGUAUUGUGCCCGACUCUGAAGGCAAUAAAUUAUUUGUGAACUAUUACGAAAAUCCAGAACAAACCGGCGACGUUUUACUGAACACUGUCAUUCCUCAAAAUACGGAAAAUCUUUCACCAGUGGCCAGUUUUAUAGUUCAUUCACCUGAGCCAGGUUCAGAAGAACAAGAAAUUGUUAAUGGAAAUAACUUCACUGGCUCUGAAAUGUACAGAGAUGUCCCUCAGGUAAUACAACGACAACAGUACGUUAAUUACGCACCAGAUCUGCUGAAAAUCGUGCCGUCUCAAAGGACUGACACUGGGUACAUAGUAUCUUCUGAAAUAAACCCAGUUUCUCCCGUUUCUGAAACUCGAUUAAUUUUGCACCCAAUGCCUGCUGUAACGGCCUCGGAUCCGACAAUGUAUUAUGAUAGCUCUUCGUCACGCGACUACCGAAGCAAUUCUCUUGCCAGGGCUUCUUUAGAGGUAUCUAGUGGUUUAGUUCGAGAAUCGUUAAACGAAGACUCUCGUGUGAAUGAUGUAGUCGAAGGAGCCAAAUCUAUUCCAAGUGAUAAUUGCAUUUCUAUUUCUGUUGACCAAAACACCGAACUAAGAAACCAAGCAUGUGUAGAGUGCGACGUUCAUGAUAAAGCUGGUGUUCAAAGAAAAUGUUUAGAAAGUUGCGCUGAUUGCGAAACUUGGACACGAGAUCGCUCUCCUUGUAGACAAUCCGAAAACCUGAAUCCCGCAACAGAAGCAAUUAGGUCAAGUACUAUCGCCCCCUGCCCUGAACUACUUCCUCUUAAUGUUUCCGGCGAAAUUGUUGAGACGGUGCGUAGUGUCUCCGAAGAACAUGAUCAAGUUCAAACCAAUGAAUCAUGUACCGAUAUUCAGUGCAUAACCGCGGCUAAAAUGUCAGACUUUCGUGAAGACCUUCCUAGGAAAUAUUCUAUUGUUUCUAAUCAAUGUCCAGCCUCACCUGACUCAAGAUCAUCUAAUACAAAUCAGGGGAUCGUCUACCGAAACGCCACUACUGCCUCCGCAGUGAUUCUUUCUUCACCACGCGAAUCAUUUCUUCCAAGUUCACCCGAGGAAUCUUAUUUCGACAACUCGGAAUUAAUCAGUGACCAUUUAAAUCACGAUGAAACACCCGCUGGCGACUUUGAAAUGCCUGAAAGUACUUCAGAACGUGGCCGGGAUUUAGAGGUUUCAUCAGUCAUUAAUGAAGCUCGCGUUGAGAUCGUUGAUGCCGACACUGAUCUCACGCAGCAAAGCCCCGCGAGGGAACAACAUAACAUCACUCCUUCUUUGCCUCACGCAAGAUCUUCAUCCCCUAUAUUUGCAGAUUCUCAUCUCGAGAAUCAACUCUCUACCGAUCCAUCUUCAGAAACUGACAAUAUGGAGAAUUUAUCACACUUUUUGGACGUGGCUGACUCGAAUUUGAACAGCCCUUACCAGGGAGAUGGUUUGUUGAUGAGCUCUCCUGGAAGAGAAGUCGUCUUCGACGAUGAAGACAGCGCAUCUGAUGAAGCCGUCAUGCAAGCGAUGAGUUCUCCUAAAAGGAAGGUCUUUGAUGAUAUGGACGAUGCUUGUGUCGAAGCCGCCUUAAAUAAAAGUGAGCUUAUAAGUCCUGACAACAGUGUUGUGCUAGGCGAGAGUGUCAGCAUCCCACUGCCCUCGAAAACCAAGAGAAAGCAAAGUAAAAACAGGAAAACUACCAAGAAUAGAAACAAGAACAAAUGCAAGAAGUCGAGUAACGUUUCGGACUACGAAUCUUGUGAUUUACCAUACGAAUGCGGCGUGUGUAAAGACGGUGUGUUGUUUUUGGAGCAUAAGGACUUUGUGAAACAUGCAUGCUCAGUGCACAACGGUUGUGCUCGGCCUGAAGGUUUGUCGCAAGACUUCGAUGAGUUCGAGGCUCGCAUCGCUCGUAAGCGAGUGCUGGCUGGAGGUAUGAAGCUCGUAUGUGAGCGCUGUAAAGCCUCUUUCGCGAGUUUACUAGGAUACGAGGGCCAUAUGUUGUGGUGUGGGAAAUCAGAGUUAGAACGCUCGCAUCUCUGUCCGAAAUGCGGCUGGUGUGGCACCAUUUUCACUGUCAGAAAUCACGUUCGUAACUGUACAGGUGUUGCUGGCGUCGGUACCAAUGUUCCUGAGAAACCUGUGGCACGGAAGCCUAGGGUCUCCAAAAAUAAAUGCACUGCGUUACAAAACAUGGAUGCUGGUGAUAGUGAUGACGAAAAUUUUGAUCCCGACCCUAAAACUCCGAAAAAUUUCGCUGAAAUGAAUUUCAAUGAUCAUUUCCGGAACUUCUGCGAAAAAGUUGACGAUGAUGACACUGAUUCAAUUUAUUUCGCUUGCUCUGUGUGUCCUCCAGAAUGUACAAGCAUUCCGGUACUGUCGGCCGAAGCCAUGAUAGCUCAUCUCAUUCAGAAACAUCCGGAUAAGUUGAAGGAGUCUUCUAUGUCAACGAAACGAUGCGGCAAGCGAAAGUUCUUCUCUUCUAAGAAGCCAUCUGACGACCGACGCAAAUCCUUGAAAGUCGCCCUUGACUACAGAGAAGCUAACCACUCCUCGCGGCUGUUCGAAACGUGGUGCGUGAGAAUAGAGGAAUGGACCUCACUUUCAGAUGCUAAUAGUUAUCUCCAAACGUGUCGUGUGUCGACGAAAUUCGCAGUGUACGAACCUGAUAAGGAACUAGAAUGGCGCUCGCUGCCUCUCUACGAGGCUGUGAAAUAUAAGACGAGUAACUACAUUUAUUGCGGCGGUUGCAUCACCGCCAGCGCUUGGUGCCCCAUGCCAUGUAAUAAUUCAUUCGCUCAAACCAACGAACAACUCAUAGCUAUUGCUGUUAGCUCACAGGAUGGCGACGCUGUCAUCACUCCACCAACAAAUGUCAAAGGCACCAUCCAGAUUUGGAAUGUACGCAAACUCGGCAAACCCGAGCAACGCAAAGACCUUCCUUUCGUGUCUUUCAUAAUUGCUCAUGAUUUCGGCCACGUGACGUGCCUUCAGUGGUGUCCAUCAGGAGUAUUUGAAUCUCUUGACUCUGGGAACCGACUUGGGGUACUAGCAGCUGCUUGCUCUAGUGGGUCGGUCCAUAUUUGGUACGUGCCACACCCGAAAUUUCUUCCCACCGCCUCACCUCCACGCGUAUAUCUUAAAACUCCCGACCUAACUCUGCGGCAGAUAAGUUUUGGUAGUGAGGAUGAAAUUAGUGUUCCUUUGCGCUUAGACUGGCAACCGUCGUUGGGGCAUUCGAUGAUAGCUGCGUCUAUGAGCGACGGCUGUGUUUGUAUCUGGAACCUCAGUGACACUUGUUCGUGCCGUGACGCUGUAGAACCUAGGGUUUUGUAUCCCGUCAAGAGUUUCAAUGGGCAUCUGGGAGCUGCAGGGGCCUUGGCAUGGUGUCCCAGCACUGGUGGGGCCCACCUCGCCACUGGAGGAGCUGACCACAUGCACCAUUUGUGGGACCUGGAAGGUUACGGUCAACCCUCACGGAUCUCCACCAUCCGAAGAGACGUGGUAACUGACACUAAAUGGCCUAUCAACACCUCCGUGACAGCCCUUGCAUUCGAGGAUUCGGUGACUGAUGGCUCUACUUCAGCCUUAAGAGAAUGUGGUUACUUUGGUUUUUCAUUGGCUUACCUAAAGUCACGAACUCCAACCUGGAGUAUUUCGUACAGCGAUGCUCUAAGCGCCAUACUACAAGGCACAGAUGCCGGCGACUGCAUCGUUACUUUUCCCAAGGAUUUUUUUAAAGUUUCUAACGACAAGCCGCAUCGUCAUCAUAAAGCUUGUUUCUCGGCUACAACCAAAAUGUUGCCAUCACAACCCGGGCAAAAUGUGCCCACAAUGGGUAUAGUAUUCCAUCACGCUCCAGAUAUCAUCGAAACUAAACACAGCCGGCCUGUAGAUCCUCUCUCGUUUAAGGUCUCCUCCGACAAGAGCAGUCCGCCCACUGAGAAGCGUACUUGGAACAGCUCACUUCUGACAUCUGUGACGAGUGUAGCUUUUAACCCGAAUAUCGGCUCGCAUGAGUGGAUUUUUUGUGGAUACAGAAGCGGUUUAGCCAGAAUCGUGGCGGUGCCUUUGGGUGUGAGCUAGUACCAAGAUCCAUCUUUCUGAAUCGCUGUAUCAAUUUUGAAAAAGUUAAACUUGUCUACUUUAUAUUGAGCUGAAUCCUAAAGAUUUACAAAUUUUAACUUAUUUUACCUCCGCUAUUAUUGCAUCCGUUGUACAUUAUCAAAACGUUGCCAUAUGGCGCACCCUCUAUCUUUAGUUAACUGCACAAGCUCGUGUAUUAUUACAUGAGCAAGAAGACAAUGAAAUAUUCUUGCGUUAUCUUUGUUUAUUUUAAUUGCAAGUGUGUAGUUUAAGUAUUUCAUUAUUACCUAAGAUGAGAGCUCCUUGUACGUAUAUAUCGGGAGACUGUGUGCAGAGGAUUUACUUGCACUUUGAUUUUCUGUAAAGCUUGCCAGAUGUUUUUUUCUGUAAUAAUUUGUUAUACUUACGAAGCAAUCUUUCCUAUGUGUAUAUAUCAAUUUAUGAUCAAUAUGCCUCUUGCAUACUGAUAACGUUUAUAUUGUGUGGAAAAGAGCAACAGUGUUUGUUUAAUAUUGUGUAGAUUCGCUUUAAGAAUGCUUUCUUCUAAUUACCAAAUUUUUUAUUUCUUGUUAAAUGUCUUGUGUAAAUUUGCACGUAUGUGUUCUUGUAAUUAUUUACGAUUGUGUUAGACAUUUGGGUCGAGAGUGCUGGGUGGCGUGAGUAGGUGCAGCAGAAGUUAAUACCCUAUUUUCGAUGAGUAAUUUUGAAGUACAAAUUAUCGGCUUCGAUAACACCAUUUAUGAACCGUUCAAUAUAACUGUUUAGUCUCAGAUUUCAAUUUUAUAUGUUUACAUUACUUUGAUAGACUAGCUUUCGCUAACUCCUGCAUUUUCGUCUUCACCGGCUCUCACUGAUUUAGGACCAUUGGGAAAUAUUUUUCAUGACAGUGCUUUAGUUCACGUGGAGUCGAAUUUCUGUCAUUAAACCAUCGUCUAAAUGCUCGUGUUUUUGCUAUUCUAUGCCACUUAUUCUUCUUUAUUGCCACGUUUGGAAGUCGUAAUUGUUAAUUUUGUGCGGUUGUCACUACAAUUAUUUUUAGUGUGAAUUUAAACUGUAAUUCUUUUUGUGUAACUUGGUCAAUUCAUUCAGUUACGUUCGAUUAUUGUUAAGCGCAAGGAUCGCUUGAAGAAUAUUUUCUUUAUUGUAAUCUCUUAGAAAGUUUUCAUGGUGUCCCUGAUAUUGUCACCGUCCUUAUUGGUUAAUUGACUUGAUAAUUGAAAAUAUCCCUCGAAUAAUAGUCCCUAAACUCAAAUUUUUUCUUUAAAGAUUUCCACAAUCUUCGUAUAUUGUAUACAAUAUUAACUCGGAUAAAUAAAUAAGUAUGACUUUAACGAAUGGCGAUGCUCUUUUUGAUCCAUCCAAUUAAUUUACGUCAAAAUUCUCGUUUAGCAUUAUUUUUUUCUGAUUUAAAUUCGCUGAAAUGAGUUAAACUUAAUUAAACAGAGCGACACCCUAAUUCGGGGAUAGAUUCUAGUGUGCAACCGAAUUAAUGUCAGGAAGUACUUAUAAUAUUAAGAGCUAAUUGGUUCAUGUGGUUUUUCCUAAGCAAUGAAUGUAUCUCACCUACCAUUGGAAAUCUGUUCGUGUGUUUUCGUUGAUACACGCAAAAUGUAUUUGUGAUGUGUCACUUUACUCAAAAAUCAACUGGUUUUAUUUUCCGAAAAAUGGCGCUCUUUCUUUCUGAAAGAAGACGCAGAGAGCGAACGUAGCUGUGAUAUGCCAUAUUUGCUUUCCUGUCUGGAUGACCCACGCUAGGGUGAAAAGUGCAUUGCUAUUUGGACAAAGUCUCGGUUAUUUCUCUGAGAGAUCUUUCGGACGUGACAUGUAAAUUUUUUCAAACUUUUUUUUUCAUUACGCAAAUUAAAUGGACAAAGUCUCGGUUAUUUCUCUGACAGAUCUUUCGGACGUGACAUGUAAAUUCUUUCAGACUUCUUUUUUUCAUUACUCAAAUUAAAAAUAUUGCAGAGGAUUGCGUAAGAUUCAUUUCGUCUCGUUAUUUUAAAUAUAUUUAGUGUUGAUGAACGUAGCCACCGAGGCACCGUGUACCUGACACUUUCCCUUUCAGCCAAGAUCGCAUAAUUGUUGCAAUAUCUUAUUAUUGAUUAAUUAAAGUUCUCCGAAUGUCA